UGUUAUAAAUUUUGAGAGGGGCAGCUGAUUCUUCCAGAAGAAGAAAAGAGACAGGGAAGGAAGUGGGGAGUUUGAGAGUGUCAGAAGGGGGGCAACACAAAUUUACUGCGCAACUCUUCGUUUGUGGGCGUUCCAUAGUCUCAGACUAGGGCUUCAAUCGUUUCUCAAAUGGGUUGAGAUUCAAUUGUGAAUUGUAUGGACUGGUUUUGACAUUUCUAAACCACUGAUUUUGAGUCAUCCCUGGUUACGGAUGAGGUUUUGGUAGAUGAUAUGCGAAAGGAGCAAAUUUUCUUAUGCUAUUUAGGGAGCUUCUCAGGAAUGUAAAAGUUUGAGCAAGAGGCCUUAAAUUCUUGAGAUAGUCUGACAUUCGAAUUUUGACGUGAAACAUUGUGCAUUACUCAACUAGGUCAUUGUUUGUGGAAGAUCUUGACUCUGGGUAAUGGGUGCCCCUAAACAGAAGUGGACAGCAGAGGAAGAAGGUGCUCUUAAAGCGGGCAUUCACAAAUAUGGAAUAGGAAAAUGGAGUACCAUACUUAAAGAUCCAGAAUUCAGCACAGUCUUGCGAUCACGUUCCAAUGUCGACCUUAAGGACAAAUGGAGAAACUUGAAUUGCAUGGCAAAUGGCUUGGGAUCUCGGCACAGGGCUAGGGUUGCAAGUAAAAGCAAUCAGCUUACUGCCAAGCAAGAUGAAGACACCAUAGUUCCUAGCUCGAUGGUUGAUAAGGAUUCUGAAAUUAUCAAUGUGACUUCUCUUGGAGCAUCUAGUGAAAUAUCCCACGAUGCGGGUUUGAGAAAACAAAUCUCAAGGUUGGAUGAUAUCAUACAUUAUGUGCCCUUUCAUAUUUAUGACUUUAUUCCCAGCUUGUUCCUACUACCUCUCUACCUACGAAAUUGGCACUGUCAAGAACUUUUCAGGUUGGAUGAUCAUAUAUUGGAGGCUAUAACAAAGUUGAAGGAACCGCGAGGGUCCAGUCGGCCUGCAAUUGCACAAUACAUAGAGGAGCAUUACUCAGCACCUCCAGAUUUUGAAAGGACUUUGGCUGCUAGUUUGAAAGUUUUGACGGACAAUGGACGAUUAGUUAAGGUGAAGCAUCAAUAUAGGAUCGCACCAAGGUCGGUAUCUCUUGUCUCAGGGAAAGAACCGCAGUUGUUACUUGAGAAUGGAGCUAAGAAAGAUCCUUCAGAAGCAGAGAGAAACAGUGUCAUACUUCUUACUAAAGCCAAGAUUGAUGCGGAGCUGGAGAAAAUGAAGAGCAUGAGUGCAGAAGAGGCUGCUGCAGCUGCUGCACAGGCAGUUGCGGAGGCUGAGGCUGCAAUUGCAGAAGCUGAAGCUGCAGCUAGGGAAGCAGAGGAGGCCGAGGCUGAAGCAGAAGCUGCACAGUGUUUUGCUGAUGCUGCUCAGAAAGCUCUGAUCUGUCAAACUAUCCGUGUCUGCAUGACUUUAAACUAUACGUGCUUGACCCUAUACCUGAAUCCCACCAACAAUUCUGGAGAUCUGUGGCUGUUUCAACUAGUUCGUAGACAGUAGAAAUUUGCUUACAUGAGGCUAUCAAGUUUAGGAUGCAGUUGUUUGGUUUCUGGAACAGACCUUAAUCCAUGCCCUUUAUUGAAUGUGAACCUAUUUGGUUCUAUUUCAA